AUGCUAGCAGCCGCCUUAGAAAUCAUUCCCAUGCGGGUUGAUUUCUCCGGCGUGUUCGUGCUCCUGCUCAGCACGCUCUUGCUAGCAGUUACCUGCAGAACACGAAACGCGUCGACCCUACCUCUGAUAAACGGCAAGAGAAAAUGGGAAAUCUCCUCCUUCAAAGCACGGAUGCGAUUUGUCGCGGACGGGCCGAAUAUCAUCAAGGCGGGAUUUGCGAAGUGCAAAAAGUCACCCAAAGCCUUCUACGCAGUAACAGACAUGGGGACGGAUUUAGUCUUGUCUCCCGAUUACAUCGGUGAGGUUCGAAAUGACAGGAGGCUUGAUGCGCAUGAAUAUUCUGCGGAGAAAUUCCAUCGAGAAAUACCUGGCUUUGAGGCCUUUGCUACUGAGUGGCUGCCGCCUAAGAAGAGCCUGGAAUCGUUCCUGUAUGGCAAGCUCACGCCGGCGAUUGGAAAAUGCACAGGAAUCCUCUCCUCGCAUGCCGACACUCUCCUCCAACGGCUCUGGACCGACAACAAAGACUGGCACGAAAUCUCGCUCAAAGACACCAUCCUCGAACUCAACACCUGCAUGGGCAGCCGGAUCUUCCUCGGAGAAGACCUCUGCCAGAGCCCCGCCUGGACAGAACUCGUUAAACGAAAUGCCGUGAACGCGUUCAUCGCCGCCGACAAGCUCCAUAGCUGGCCCAAGGCCAUCCGACCUCUCGUCCACUGGUUCCUGCCCUCCUGUCGCAUCCUGCGCGGCGACGUCCGAGAGGCAAGACAGUUCAUCACCCCGGCGGUGCAGCAACGUCGAGAGAAGCAGGCAGCACUUCAGGCGCAGGGGAAACCACCUGAUGAGUAUUUCGACACGAUCCAAUGGAUGGAGGAGGUGGCCGAGGGACAGGAUUAUGAUCCGGCAUUAGUGCAGCUGGCAUUGUCGAUGGGGUCGACGCAUACGAUGACGGAUCUGAUGACGCAGGUUAUGUUGAACUUGACAAAAUAUCCGGAUCUAGUUCAAGAGGUAAGGAGGGAGAUCAUCGCCGUGAAAACCGAGGAGGAAUGGGGACGACCGGCGCUCCGCAAGCUCAUGCUCAUGGAUAGCGUGAUUAAGGAAACACAACGUUUGAAGCCAAUUAGCAGAGCUACAAUGCGCCGCAAAGCCGGCGCCACCGUCCGCUUAUCAGACGGAUUCGAAAUCCCCAGAAACACCACCUUCAUUCUCUCCACCGACCACAUGCUCAGCAACUCGGUAUACCCACACGCCGACCAAUUCGACGGAUACCGCUUCUACAAGCUCCGACAGGAGCCCGGGCAGGAGAAUGCACACCAACUCGUCGCGACGAGUAACGAGCACGUCGGGUUCGGACAUGGAUGUUACGCGUGCCCGGGUCGGUUCUUUGCUGACUCCGUCAUGAAGGUCAUGCUGUGUCAUCUUCUGCUCAAGUAUGACUUUUGUCUGGCUGAGGGUUCGAGUGCGAAUUCGUUGGAGUUUGGUACGGCGUUGGUGUCGAACCCGAUAGCGAAGUUGGUUAUUAGAAGGCGGAAGGAGGAGAUAGUGUUAUGA